UUCCUCUUUUCAUUUGACUGUGCGCGUGUCUUCUUUCGGUCAUGAUCGGCAACCUCCAAAUGUAUACAGUGUUAGCCUUGCGGUUCUUGCUAAUUGACGUAGAGUUGUAACAUAGAAAUGUGUUCAAAGUACGUUUUAGCGACACUAAUCUUGUCGACCUUGUUUUACUUCGGGCACUCAAUCAAAUGCUGGAACUGUAGAUCCGACAUAGAUCCACAUUGCGGCAGCGUUUUCAAUAACGCCACACUUUCGAUAUACGAUUGUAACUUAGAUAGACCAUUUGAAGGGAAAUCCACGCGGUGUCAAAUAAUGAAGAGGAAAGUGGAUGGCGUUUGGAUCUAUUUUCGAAAUUGCGCACCGCCAGAUGACCCCAAAUAUGACUCCUAUAGGGCAGAGUGUUCGAGUUCGAAUGCAGAGUGCUUUACUUGUGAAGGAAGGGAUGGAUGUAACGCUUCCAGUCAAUUACGUUGGUCACCCUGGUUUAUGAUGUGCUUACUCCCACUGCUUAGGCGUUAGCGUGUAUUUGCGGGAGUAUUAUAGAUGUACCUUAUUUUUUAACUAUGAAGAAUUUCCUACAAAGUUGCAAACCCUUA